UGUCACUGUUUGGAGCAUGGAGAAAAUUUCAGAUGCAGCCCAGAAGAUACAAGAUUUCACACAGGGGAGAAACACAAAUGCUUUAGCUCUGACCUUAAAGCACCUCAACCAAUGCAUUCUGAAGGGAAAGUCUGUAAGUGCACAGAGUGUGGCAUGAGCUUCAAGAGAAGUUCAGAACUUGAAAGCCAUCAAAGAAUACACAUAGGAGAGAAAACAUACAAAUGUCCUGAAUGUGGACGGGCCUUCAGACGCAAUGAACAUCUUCAAGUACAUCAGCGAAUUCAUACAGGAGAGAAACCUUAUGAGUGUAAAGAAUGUGGAAAAUGUUUCAGUCAUCUCUCAGCUUUUAAAGUACAUCAGCGCCUGCAUUCAGGGGAGAAACCAUAUUCUUGUAAAGAAUGUGGGAAAUGUUUCAGUGAUUUCUCAAAUUUUAGAGUACAUCAGCGCUCCCAUUCAGGGGAGAAACCUUAUUCUUGUAAAGAAUGUGGGAAAUGUUUCUCCCAGAAGCCUGGACUUCAAGUACACCAGAGAAUUCAUACAGGAGAGAAACCCUAUGAGUGUAAAGAAUGUGGGAAGAGUUUCAGACAAAUUGCAAAGCUUGUAAUACAUCAACGAAUUCACUCAUGAGAAAAGCCCUAUAUAUACAAAGUAUGUGGAAAAUGUUUCAGUCGUUCCUCAAAUUUUAAAGUACAUCAGUACUGUCAUUCUGAGAAGAAGCCAUAUUCUUGUAAAGAAUGUGGGAAAUGUUUCUCCCAGAAGCCUGGACUUCAAGUACACCAGAGAAUUCAUACAGGAGAGAAGCCCCAUCAGUGCAAUGAAUGUGGGAAAAAGUUCAGCCACAAUGCAAACCUUGUAGUACAUGAGCGAAUUCAUACAGGAGAGAAGCCCCAUCAGUGCAAUGAAUGUGGGAAAAAGUUCAGCUAUAAGUCACACCUUGUAGUACAUCAGCAAAUUCAUACAGGACAGAAACCCUAUAAAUGUGAAGAAUGUGGGAGGAGUUUCAACCAAAUGGAAAAACUUAUAAUACAUCGCCGAAUUCAUUCAGGAGAAAAACUAUAUCAUUGCAAAGAAUGUGGGAGAAGCUUCACAACUCGUUCAGCCUUUAGAAUGCAUUGAAAAAUUCAUGCUGGGGUGAAAUCAAAUAAAUGUUAAUAAUAUGGGAAAAAUUUCUCUUGAAGUAAAGAUCUUGUAGAACACAAAUAGUUGACUCUAGGGAGAAUCCCUAUCCGUGCAAAGAAUGUGGAGAAAGUUUCUGUUGUAAUGCUCAGUACAUCAAACAUCAACAGAUGCACAGAGAGGGGAAACUUUGAAACGUGCAGAAAAUGAACUUCUUGAUCUCCACCCAUAUGUCUAGUCAGGGAAGAAAACAUACGGAGGGUCAUAAUACAGGGAGAGCUCUGGUGUUGAAUGAAGCUGUUGUGAACCUAUGAAUGUACCUCAGAAAGAAACCUUAUGGUGGCUUCAACGGGCAUAAUCCCCUCAACUUCAUUGAAUUCGCUUUCUCUGUCGACGUCACAAAACUCACAUUCCUAAUGGCAUUUUACAGCAAUAAGUCGAUAAUUAACAAGCAUGAUGCUCUGAAUGUGCUUUUGAGAGUGGGAACUCUGUUACAGAAAGAAGACAUGAUUUUGCAACUUCUUUCCUUGUGUUCUGUGAUGUGUUGAUUAUUUUAAUCUUUGAUUGUUUUAAUUUUACUGGGAUGGUUUUAACAUGAUUCUAACUUCAUUAUUUUAUGAAAGUUGCCAUGGAACUGAAAUAAAUGUUCAGACUGGAAUGAGGCCUCUUCAGAUUAUCAGCCUGAAUUAUGCAAAUAGG